AUGUCUUUCAACGCGCACUACGGGGCGCAGAGUGCGCAGGAUUACACGUAUGGGGGCGCGGGAUAUGCCGCGCAGGGUGGCGCAGCCGGCGGGCGGCAGGCGUCGGCGUCGUCGGUGGGGUCGGCAGCAUCCAAUGGAGCGGACACGAGCUCCACGCAGCUGUACAUGGGGGAUCUGGACCCCAGCUGGACGGAGGGCGACAUCAAGCAGAUCUGGGCCACGCUAGGCGAGGCGAACGUGCAGGUGAAGCUGAUCAAGAACAGCAGCGGGGGCGGCAACUCGGGGUACUGCUUUGUUGAGUUUCCGUCGAACCUGGCAGCGACGAACGCGCUGCUGAAGACGGGGCUGCCGAUCCCGGUGGACGCAUCGCGCACGCUGAAGCUGAACUGGGCUUCGUUUGCGACGACACCGGGUUCCGAAUUUUCCAUCUUUGUGGGGGACCUUGCGCCGAAUGUGACGGAAUCGCAGCUGUUCGAGCUGUUUAUCUCGCGUUACUCGUCAACUCUAAACGCGAAGAUUGUGUUCGACCAGGGAACGGGAGUAUCGAAGGGCUACGGCUUUGUGAAGUUCGGCAACGAGGCGGAGCAGCAGCGGUCACUACUCGAGAUGCAGGGCGUGUUCCUGAACGGGAGGGCGAUUCGCGUGUCCACGACUUCCAAGAACAAGUCCAGGUUUCAAAGCGGAAAUCCCGCGUCUGCUGCGCCUGCGAGUCCGGCGAGCACGGCGGUGAACAGCCCGGGGCUCGCUCAGGGGAGCAACGUGCAGACCCUUUUACAGCAGUCCCAGUUUAUAUAUCCUGUCCAGCAGCAACCUGCGUUGUCUCAGUUUGCGGAUCCAAAUAACACCACGGUUUUCAUCGGCGGGUUGUCUUCGCUCGUGACUGAGGAUGAGCUACGGGCUUACUUCCAGCCAUUCGGACAGAUAGUCUACGUGAAAAUCCCGGUCGGCAAAGGAUGCGGCUUUGUCCAGUACGUGGAUCGCAGUUCGGCAGAGAACGCGAUCGCCAAGAUGCAAGGAUUUCCAAUUGGUAAUUCGAGGGUGCGGCUCUCAUGGGGCAGGAGCGCAAAGCAAACAGCCGCUAUGCAGCAGGCGUUUGCCAUAGCACUACAGCAGCAGCAGCAGCAGCAGCAGCAGCAGCAGCAAGCCCGCCCGCAGCAUUCCCAGCAACAUCAGUAUCAGCAUCAACAGCAUCAACAGCAGCCUCAACAUGUCAUUUCUGCACAGCCGUUGCUGCAGCAGCAAUUGCAACUACAAUUUCCCUAUCAGCAUCAACCUGCCAUGCCGCAGGCCUACGGUUACACAUUGGACUCGUUGAGCGGCACCGGUUCGAAACAUGUUCCAAUGCAGGGUUUUCUUUCCGGUAAUAUCGGCUUCCAACCUUCUACGGCAAUUGAUAGCUCUCCAGCAACGACCUUGCUUCCCAACCUUUCUUCGUUGGACUACUCUGGGUUUCCACCUUCCACGUCAGCGUUCAACUUUUCACCCACGAACUCUUUAGGCACCAGCUUUCACCAACAUCGCCUAGAUUUCUCAAGCAAUGGCAGCGUGUCCCAGGCUACUCAGGCACCAACAACCGCGACUAGCGGUCAGUCUACAUCGCAUCCACAGAUUUUAGUGCAGGGCGGCGAGGCAUAUGUCAAGGGUAAAGGUGCAUCCCUGGACAGAUUAGAGCAAGGUAGCAAUGGUUAUAUUUUUGUCUGA